AUGCCAGCCUAUCACUCUGUGUUCCUCGAUGAGCCCAACCAGCAAUUAGCAGGAAACUUUGCCCUCCUCCCACUCCGCACACGUACCCGCGGUCCGGCCCUGCAACUCCCGCCACUCCCCGCCGGCGAAUCCGACCUCACAAUCGAUGCCUCGCACGAAUCCUAUGACCCGCUCGACGAGAUCCUUUCACUCUUCCGCGCCAAUACCUUCUUCCGCAACUUUGAGAUCAAGGGUCCCGCUGAUCGCGUGCUCAUCUAUGGAAUUCUGUACAUUAGCGAGAUUCUAGGCAAGAUCCGCCCGGGCAUGAGCAGGAGAGAGGCUGAAAAGGCGGUCAUGACGGUUGCGUUGGACAACAACUUUGCGGUACCGGGCGAUGUGGGAUUUCCGCUAAACCAAGCCUUUGAGGCACCCAGAGAGCGGAAUGAGGUAGAUGCGCUGAGGGGUUAUAUGGGCCAAAUGAGGCAGGAAUUAGCGGUGAGGUUACUAAACAGGGUCUACGCGGACGGAGACAGUCCGAGUAAAUGGUGGCUGAGUUUUACGAAAAGAAAAUUCAUGGGCAAGCAACUGUGAGGGUUACAAUGAGGUCGGAAGUGGAAAUGGGAAUUACGCAUAAAGCGUGCUGGCAAGGGCCUCAGAGUAUGGCCAAAAUAG